ACGCAGCGCCUGUCAAACUUUGACAGCUGAAAGUAAUGUAAAGCGUCAUGUGUUGGUUUAUUUUUAUCUGAAGGCGACAGCAGCUUUAAAGAACCACUGUUUAGAGACUACGAUGAAGAUGCGCGCGUGUGUUACGGCGCUGCUGCUGCUCGGGCUGCGCGCGUGCUUAUCUCAAGACGUCAGACAUCAUGAGGAUGAUGAAGAGGACGAAGAUGUGAUGUUUCAGACGCGGGCUCAGGUGUCGGGUCGAGCGCUGGUUCCGGGUGUCAGAGCUCGGGACUGGAUCUCAUCUGCUCGGGUUCUGCUGGACGGAGACAAACACGUGGGGUUCAUCAGAGAUGAUGGAAGUUUCACAGUCAGUGACGUUCCGUCCGGAUCGUAUGUUCUGGAAAUCUCGUCUCCGACCUACAGAUUCCAGCCUGUGCGUGUUGACAUCAGCUCCACAGGGAAGAUGAGGGCUCGUGUGGUCAACUACAUCAGGACCUCGGAGGUGAUCCGACUGCCGUACCCGCUUCAGAUGAGAUGCGUCGGUCUGCAUUCAUACUUCAUCCCGCGGGAAACCUGGGUCUGGUCAGAUUUCCUCAUGAACCCGAUGGUUCUCAUGAUGGUUCUUCCUCUUCUGAUAAUCCUUCUUCUUCCUAAAGUCUUCAACCCUAGCGAUCCUGAGAUGAGACGGGAGAUGGAGCAGUCCAUGAACAUGCUGAACUCCAACCAGGAGCUUCCAGACGUCUCGGAGCUCAUGACCAAGUUCUUCUCAGCACCCAAAGGUCACGAGAAGGCAGGAGGCGGAGCCAGAGGCCAUAGGGGUGGAGCCCCUGCUGCAAGGGGCGGGGCCUUGAGGCGGAAAACAAGAGAUUAAUGUGCACCUCACAUCAUAUACAGAAUGAAACAGAAGCUAAGAGCAUCAAAAAGCUUUUAUUAUUCAUUAUUCACAAACUUUACAGGUUCAUCUACUGUGUUUAUCAGAGUCAGAACACAGUAUUUCAUCUGUGUUUAUAUGUGAAAGACACUUUACCAUCAUUAUACUGCUGCUGAAUCUCAACCGGAUUAUUGAUUUAUUCAAGCUGCUUCAGCAUCACGAUGUAACACAGUAACACUUUACAAUAAGGUUUCAUUAGUUAAUGUUAGUUUAUGCAUUAACUAACACAAAAAUGCAUUUGUUACAAUGUUUAUUCAUCUUUGUGGACGUGAGUUAUUAAAAACAAAUGUUCAUUGUU